UUCUCACAAAUGACUGCAGCGUCAAUGUGCUACCACACAUAUCACGGCUCUUGGAUAUUUAUGGUGAAGUCCGAUUUGGUGAACCAACCAGAGUUCAUGUUGGAUGGGAUGACAUUCAUGUGAUCGUUCUGUAGUGCAUUUUGCUUCCAUAUGCACUGCAGCAGAGGACAGUGCAGACAAGCUGCAGACUUCUUCGUCCCGGAUGGAGUAUUCAUACGCGGAGACGACAACAUAGUCCCUUGAAAGCGCCCCGCUGCUUGGACAAACAUAGCGGCAACAGCAGCGAGAUGGCCACCUGUCCGCACCUGUGGUUGCCGCGGGUGAAUGUGCAUCACGACUACUUUGGCCUGAGGUCCUACCAGGUCUCUCCUUUGACACCGCUUGGUGAUGUGAAGCAGUUAAUCUAUGAAGACACAAACCUGCCUGUCAGAGAGCAGCGACUCAUUCACAAUGGCAAAGUGCCAGAUGAUAGCAUGCCGAUUGGUGUCUUGGUGCCCACAGGAAGCCCUGAGGUAUCUAUCACACUGGAGGGACGAGGCCUCAGAGGUGGCGGGAGAUUCGGGCAGACUACACCCCCACUGGUUGAAUUUCUCAAAGAUAUUCUGAGGAGGUACCCUGAAGGUGGACAGAUUCUGAAAGAGCUGAUUCAAAAUGCUGAGGAUGCUGGAGCCACCGAAGUCAAGUUCAUGUACGAUGAAACGGAGUAUGGGGUGGAGUCGCUGUGGUCACCUGACAUGGCUGAGCAUCAAGGUACAGCAUUGUAUGUCUACAAUGAUGCUGUAUUCACUGUGGAGGACUGGAACGGGAUUCAGGAGAUAGCCAGGAGCAGGAAGAGAGAUGAUCCGCUGAAAGUUGGACGAUUUGGGAUUGGAUUCAACUCUGUCUACCAUAUUUCAGAUGUCCCCAGUAUAUUCAGUGGAGAACAGAUUGCAAUGCUGGAUCCUCACCAGACCCUGUUUGGAGUGAACGACUCGGGACAGUGUUGGAACUUGAAGACGGACGUUAAGGAGAUCACUGAAUUGUCGGACCAAUUUGCCCCAUAUAUCGGAAUAUUUGGAAGCUGUGAGAAAACCUUCAAGGAUGGCUGCUUCCCUGGUACACUGUUCCGCUUCCCACUCCGGAUGAAACCCUCCCAUCUCAGCAGCAACCUUUACAACAAAGAAAAGGUUUUGGAACUCUUUGAGUCAUUCAAAUCUGACGCAGACACAGUGUUGCUCUUCCUGAAAUGCGUGCAGAAGAUCUCUUUGCAUGUUCGUGAAUCCGAUGGCACGGAGCGUAUGUUGUUUCAAGUUACAGCUCGAGAAAAGACUGACGAUAAACUUGAAAGAACAAACUCGUUGAAGACUCUGGCCGAGGCAGUUGACAGCUACAGCAACCAUGUUCCUAGCUCCACAAUCACCUGUGUCACUUACCAGGUCAGCAUAGAGACUCAGGAUAAAACCAAGAAAGAAUCUCUGAGGAUGAAGUGGCUUGUGUGUAAUGGAGUUGGUGGUAGAGGAAUGUGUGCUGAGUUGGACUCUCUUGCAGAUGACUUAAAGUUCAUGCCUACCAUUGGCAUCGCCCUACCUCUAACAUUGAUCGACAGAGAAGAUCAAGGGGCCACCUCUGGUUUCUCAGGACGAGCAUUUUGCUUCCUUCCCCUCCCCCCAGGUGAGGAGGGUGAGACGGGGCUUCCCGUACACGUCAGUGGGUUCUUUGGCCUCACAGAUAACCGGAGGAGUAUCAAGUGGCGGGAUGUGGACCAGUGGAGGGAUCCAGCUGCCUUAUGGAAUGAGCUACUUAUAAUCACUGUCAUCCCUCAGGCUUAUUUAAUUCUCAUCACUGAGGCUAUCAAAAGGGUACAGACCAAAAUGGACCAAGACUUUCCAUUAACCCCUAGAAGGACUUAUGCGGCCUGGCCAGACCCAAACCGGGUCAAAUCCAGGUGGAAACCUAUUCUACAGCCCCUGUUUCAUGACCUCCUACAGCACCAUGUCUUCUAUUCCCUCAAUGAAAGCUGGGUCAGCUUGGACCAAGCUGUGUUCUCAGAGCUCGACAUAGACAAAGACAUUUCACAGACACUCAUUAACUACCUCCAAAGCUCAGGGAUGCAGGUAGCACUGGUGCCUACAGCAGUGGACUCGGUUUUGGUGGCCUACGCCACGGAAGUGAGAAAGAUUACACCAACCUUGCUACGGCAGGUUGUCAGGAAGUCCAAACACAAAGGGUCCUUAGAGGACAAGCUGCUGCUACUAGAGUUUGUGCUUAGUGAUGCCAAUUACAGUGACCUAAUAGGACUGGAGCUCCUGCCCCUCCAAGAUGGAACAUUUGCCACAUUUUCAUCCUCUGUCACUGAAAAGGAUUCUGUUUACAUUACAUCUGCCGAGUACCCCAGGUGUCUAUACCCAGGGCUUGAGGGUCGGUUCAUUCUGGAAAGUAUCAAACCUUCAGUAGAGGAGAGACUAAAGGAAGCAGCUAAAAGCAGAGGAAGACCCUGUACUCAGCUGCAAAUGUUGAACCCUGACCGCUCAGCACGACUCAUCAAGGAGAUCCUAUCAACAACUUGGCCAAACAGAGACUUCAUUACACAAUGGGAACCUGGAAACCAAGGAUUGAAGCAUCCAACAAUUUCUUGGCUAAAGAUGAUUUGGAAGCAUCUCUACAUACAUUUUGCCGAUGACCUAAGUACUUUUGAUGAUAUGCCUUUGAUUCCGUCUGUGCCACUGGAGGAAUGCAUGGAAAAAGUUCAACUUGUACGCCUCAAAUGUCCAUCACCCAUCAUUCUCAUUGAUGAGAAUGAAGCACAGCUCUCUGAAUGCCUUCUUGGAGUUAUGGGAAAGCUUGGUGCUGUGGUAAUGAAAAAGCAGGAUUCUUGUUUGCAGCAUCCCCAGCUCAAAAAUUACAUCAAUCCUUGCUCUCCUGGAAUGUUGCUGCGAAUUAUGGAUAGAUUGUCAAUGCAGCGUUUAGUUAGCCAAGUCUCAUAUUUCUCUGUCCAAGAAAGGAUUACUCUGAGAAACUUUCUAGCUGGAUUGUCUGAUGUCACAGAAAAGGAAAAGCACACCUUGCUUGAGCUUUCCAUCUUUGAGAGAAUUGGGACCUGUGCUGAAGGUGCAUCAGCUUUUACAUCACUGAGAGGUGCCAGAGCAUUGCAUCACAGAGCAAAGUACCCACCAGAUGUAAAAUUAUCUCUGUGCCUGGUGGACACCCGUGAUGAGGAGUCCAUUCGCCUCAUCAAGAAACUCAAAGUAGCACAGUUGAAAACAACUGAGUGUUUGAAAAUGAUCAUCCAUGAUAUUCACAGUGGAUUCUACACACCAGACGAGAUAAACAAAAUCAUGCUUUGGGCACUUAAACAUUUGGCCUUUCUAAAGAAUGAAAACUCAUCUGUUAUUGGAUGGCUUUCUGCUCUUAAAUGUAUUGAACUACCUUGUGGAAAGCUAGUGAUAGCCUCAGAACUUUUUGAUCCAGAUCUGGAGAUCCUGCAGAAUUUGUUUUACAAAGAAGAGGAAACCAGGUUUCCCACAAGUACAUUUACCUCAUCCCCUGAUAUUCUUCAUUCACUACGACAGUUGGGGCUACGAAAUGAAGUACAACUCAGUGAAAAAGAUGUUCUUCAAGUGGCAAAGAAGAUAGCGGAUUUACAAAGUCAUCAGGAUCCUGAGUGGGAAUUCAUAAUCAAGAAGGCAAAAACACUUCUGCAGAUUCUCAACAAACAAACCAAACUGGUGAAAUCCACAGAUACUCAGGCAUCUUUGUCAAAACUCAACUGGGUACCUGUCUGCAAAGAAAGGCCUCCUACCUACCCAAAAUCCCUUGCUUGGGUUGGAGAUACUCUUAGUCUCAGCUCUCUGUCUGAGAUGUGUAACAUAUCUCAUGCUGUGCUUGUGGGAUCUUCAGUUGCCCUGGUUGAACACACAUCAGCUGGUAUGAAGAAAGCACUGAAACUAACUGUAGAGCCGCAGGUGGAUCAGGUCUUGCAGCACCUAAAAGCAGUGAAUGACUGGCAUAAAUCUCAAGCCUUCACAACAGAGGAUUGGUAUCAGUUCCAGCAGAUCCUUUUUGAGAUAUAUGGCUUCAUGCAAGCUCAUCUUGAGGGGGCCAGAGAAGCAAUGAUGUCAUUGCCUUUUGAUUGGGUGUGGACAGGUAAGACAUUUUCAUCUCCUGGCCAAACCGUGUUAAAACCUCUGCCUAAUUUAGACCUACAGCCAUAUCUGUACUCACUUCCAAAAACAAUGAGAAAGUUUCACAAGCUUUUCAAGUUUUGUGGUUCACUCGAAGAGGUUGCCCCAAACCAUGUGCUCAAAGUAAUAACCACCAUCCAGAAAAGAAGUGAAGGUGAAAUUACCAAGGAGGAAAGCAAACAUGAUAUUCUGCUUUUGAUCAACAUCCUGAGGUGGCUCUAUAACAAUCAAAUACAUAUUGAAAGUCACAUGCAUGUUCCUAUUCUUUGUUACAAGGAUCCAAGCAAAUUAGCAAUGAGGCCCAUUCAUGACUGUACUUACUGUGACAUCAAAGUAGACGAUUUGAAUGACUUACUUGAUGAUACGUCAGAGCCCAUUAUAUUGGUCCAUGACGACAUCCCCAUGAAAACUGCGGAGUGGCUAAAAGUGCCUUGUUUGAGCACAAGGCUGAUAAACCCGGAGAAUCUUGGUUUUGAACAAUCAGGCCAACGCGAACCUCUCACAGUUCGAAUAAAGAACAUCCUGGAGGAAUAUCCGUCCGUUGCAGACAUUUUUAAAGAGCUUCUUCAGAAUGCAGAUGAUGCAAGUGCAACAGAGUGUAGUUUUCUUAUUGACAUGAGAAAAAACACAGACAUUCGAGAUAAUCUCCUUGACCCGGGCAUGAUGGUGUGCCAUGGGCCAUCCUUGUGGUCUUUCAACAACUCGGUCUUCACAGAUACAGACUUCCUGAACAUUACUAGGUUAGGUGGAUCAGUGAAGAGAUGUGAGGCAGACAAAGUUGGCAAGUUUGGCUUGGGCUUCAACUCAGUUUAUCACAUCAGUGACAUCCCCAUUAUAAUGAGCAGAGAGUUCAUGAUCAUCUUCGAUCCAAAUAUCAAUCACAUUAGCAAGCACAUCAGAGACAAGUCUAAUCCAGGGAUCAAAAUCAACUGGAGCAAACAACAGAGACGAUUAAGAAAAUUCCCGAACCAGUUCAAACCUUUUAUUAAUGUCUUCAAUUGCCAACUUCCUCUUGCCCAGGAUUUACCAUACAAAUACAAUGGAACACUAUUCAGGCUUCCAUUCAGAACCGAGCAGGAGGCCUCAGUGAGUGAAAUUAGUAGUUUGUACUACAACACCACAGAUAUCUACUCCCUUGUUGAUGAAUUCAGUUUAUGUGGCCAUCGGUUCAUUCUGUUCACCCAGCAUGUUGGUUGCAUGGUCCUAAAAUACCUGAAAUAUGAAGACUCAAAUCCAGCUGGAGCUCAAGAUGUUGUCACCAUUAACAAAAGUGUUUGGUCAUCCAAAGCCUCAUAUGGACCCCUGAGUAUCCUGAAAUCUGCGGCUAAGGUAAUGAAGAAGGUAUCAAGCACUAAUAAAGUGCCCUCUGAUAUUCCCAAAUCUGGCUGCAUCAUUCGUGUUGUACUGGAAGAGUUCCAUAAUGUCUUCAAACGUAUUGUUGAUCUUCACUCCCCACUGUUCAGAGGCUCAGAGGAAGAUCCAAACCAGUACUUUGAAUUGGCUGCAAAAGGGAUUCAGACAAGAAGGUUAACAGAUGAAAUGCCCCAGAAGGCAGUUGAGGUCACCAACUGGCUCAUUUGCUCAUGCAUGGAUGGAACUGAGGCAAUCAAAUUUUCACUCAGUGAUAGUGGAAAAAGGCUUGGACUUGUGCCUUGUGGGGGAGUGGCUGUUUUACUUACAGAAGAGGAGAACAGGAAAUGGACUGUUAGGUCAAAUGCCACCCCAAUUGGAGAGGUGUUCUGCUACUUACCUCUCAGAAUAAAAACGGGCCUACCAGUCCACAUUAAUGGCUGCUUUGCUGUGACUUCCAACCGCAAAGAGAUCUGGAAGACGGACACAAAAGGAAGGUGGAAUUCUAUCUUCAUGAGGCAUGUCAUUGUUCAGGCCUAUUUAGCAGCACUCACAAUGCUUCGUCUGAUGGCUGAAAAUGGAGAACUGCUUGACUACAGCUAUUACGCGACAUGGCCUGAUCCAAGCCAGGUACAUGAUGACUUCACUUUAGUCAGUCAAGGGGUCUACCAAGAAAUAGCCAAAGGAGGUGAUGGAGAGCAGGCAAAGUUUUUUUCUGAUGGCACAACCUGGGUGUCAAUCAAACAUGUCAGAUUUCUGGAUGAUUCCUUACUCUGUAAACAUGACAUCGGUCCUGCUGCUUUCAAGAUUUUCUUGAAAUAUCUAAAAAAAAGUAGCUCACAAAACCUUUGUGCUGUUGAACUUCCUGAUUGGGUGAAGGAGGGAUUUGAGGAUGCUGGAUGUAAAAGAACGUUGAUGGAAAACACCCUGACAGAGAAGGAAUUCUUUGCAGAUGUCUUUUUACCGCACAUUGAGGAAAUUGAAAAAGAGCUUCGAAAUCCCUUAAUGCAGUAUGUCUUGAAUGAUAAAAUGGAAGAAUUUGCACCUAUUCUCAGGGUAACUCCUUGUAUCCCCUGCUCUGGUCCCAACAAGGAAUUAGUUUUACCCUCCCGACUCAUUCACCCAGAAGGAAGAGUUGCCAAACUGUACAACACUGAUGAUGGAAGAUUUCCUGCGGGAACUACUAAAGACUACCUAAACCCAGUAUGUUUAGUCAAACUUCUGCAGUUGGGCAUGGUGAAGGAUGAUCUGUCUUGGAACGAUUUGAUUGAACGGGCUGAAUCAGUUGCUGCUUUGAAUGAAAGUGAUCAUGCAGCUGCAUGCUUUCGCAGCAGUGUACUGCUCAGCCUCAUCGAUGAGAAACUGAAGAUGAGAGACUCAGGAUCAGCUGAGCUGCUAGAAAAGCUACGGGACAUCAAGUUCCUCCCGUUUCUAACCAGACCUGCAGGGUUCUCACUACCAUGGCACGGUAAUAGCUUUUUCCCAACAACAAUGUUCUCUGCAAGAGAGAUCUUCACAACUGAGCAUCAGGACGUUGUAUGUCUGAUGAAGACAGUGUUGAAUGAGAACUCCCCAUCUUUCAAAGGUUGUGGUGCAAUGUCAUUAGCUGUGAAAGACUGCCUUGGUCUAAUAAAGAAACCCUCAGUUGAACUAGUGAUCAGUCAACUCAAGAAACUAUCUCAGGCAUUUGAUGGUGUAACUCUAUAUCAGGAAAACAUAACAAAUGCCUGUUACAAGUAUCUGUAUGAGGAAAUGCUUCAGUGCCAGAAAGCAAAAGAGAAAAUAACGGUGGAACUGAAAACGUUUAGCUCUAUUUUGGUAGAGAACACCUAUGUGAAUCCCUCCAAAGUUGCAUUCCACCAGAAUUUUGAUGCAUCCCCACACCUUUACCAGCUACCUAAUAAGUACCGGAACAGCUGUCGUGAGCUCUUUGAAAAUGUUAGCGUUCAGCCCAGCUUCACAGUUGAUGACUUUUCCUCAGUACUUGAAAUUUUGAAGCAAGCAUGUGGGCGAAGGCCUCUAACUGAAGAAAACUUCCAGCUGUGCCGCAGAAUUAUUAGCGAGGGAAUAUGGAGCUUGAUACGAGAUAAAAAUCAAGAAUUCUGCCAAACAAAUUAUGGUGCAAUUCUUUUACCAGACUUUAAUCUGACACUCCAGCCUUCAAAAUCUCUGUGCUACAAUGACUGUCCUUGGAUCAAAGUCAGAGAUUGCUCUGUGAAGUACUGCCAUGGAGAUAUUCCAAGAGAGGUUGCUGUGAAACUAGGAGCAGUCCCCAAACGUCACAAAGCCUUGGAAAGGUAUGCGUCAAAUGUCUGUUUCAAUCCGCCUGGAAGUGAGUUUGGCCAAAAGGAAAAGCUUACAAGUCGAAUCAAAAGCAUCCUGGAUGCUUAUCCAUCUGAGAAAGAGAUGCUGAAAGAGCUGCUUCAAAAUGCAGAUGAUGCCAAAGCUACUGAAAUCUACUUUGUCUUUGAUCCCAGAACACACCCCACAGAGAGAAUAUUUGACGAUAAAUGGAUUCCGAUGCAAGGCCCUGCACUUUGUGUGUACAACAAUCAGCCUUUCACUGAAGAUGAUAUCAGAGGAAUACAAAACCUCGGAAGAGGAACAAAAGAGGCAAAUCCAGGAAAAACUGGCCAGUAUGGCAUAGGAUUUAACUCUGUCUAUCACUUCACUGAUUGUCCCUCAUUCAUCUCAAACAAUGACAUUCUAUGCAUAUUUGAUCCACAUGCUCAUUAUGCACCUGGGGCAACAUCUUUGAGUCCAGGAAGAAUGUUCAGAGACUUGGACUCUGAGUUCAGAUCUCAGUUUUCUGAUGUCCUUAAUCUGUAUUUAGGAGCUCAUUUUAAAUUAGAACGCAGCACAAUGUUCAGAUUCCCCAUCCGUUCUACAGCUAUGGCAAAGAUAUCAGAGAUCAGCUCCAUCCCAGCGUCAGACCGAAUGGUGCAAAACCUCCUGGAAAAGCUAAAAAAUGAUGGAGCGGAGCUUCUAAUGUUCCUGAACCACAUGGAGAAAAUAUCCAUCUGUGAAGUUAAUGAUGUAACUGGAGAACUGAAAGUACUCUACUCUGUAAUAGCUAAAAUAACAGAUAGUGAUCGCUUAAAACGCAAACAGUUCCAUGCCUCUGUCAUUGACAGUGUGACCAAAAAGAAGCAGCUCACUGCUAUUCCAGUCCAACAGAUAACCUACACAAUGGACAUAGAGGACACAGAAGGUAAUUUGACCACAUGGAUGAUCUGCAAUCGUUCUGGCUUCCCAAACAUUGAACUUGUCUCAAAAAGUGUGAUAUCGGCUCACAAGAAUGAGGACAUAACACUGUUUCCUCGUGGAGGAGUGGCUGCAUGUGUUAGCCACAACUACAAAAAAACCCACAGAGCUUUCUGCUUUCUGCCACUUUCUCUCGAAACCGGCCUCCCCUUUCAUGUCAACGGGCAUUUUGCCCUGGACUCUGCCCGAAGAAACCUGUGGAGAGAUGACAAUGGAGUUGGUGUGAGGAGUGACUGGAAUAAUAACUUGAUGAUGUCGCUGAUAGCACCUGCUUGUGUGGAACUGCUGAUUCAGAUCAAACGACGAUGCUUUCCGGGUCCUGAUCCAACUAUAACUGUGCUACAAGGAACGCCCCUUCACGUUGCAAAAGAUAUUUUGAAAAAGUUUUUGUUUUUCUUCCCAGUUAACAGAAUUGACAUCCAGCCGGAUUGGUACUGCCUGGUCAAAGCUGUGUACAGCUGUAUUCAUAUGGACAUGAAGCGCCUUCUGCCCGUAGUCAGAGCGCCACAAAUGGACAACUCUGAUAUGCACUCUGUCAUAUACAUCUCAUGGGCGAACACGUCCACUGCUACCAAGGGUCAAGCCUUCUUUGACAAUCUGCUACAAGAUGAACUUCAGACCCUGAAAAACACAGAGUACAAUAUAACCUCCAGAAAGUCUGUGGCUGAAAAUGUUUACAGGCUGAAAACCUUGCUUCUUGAUGUAGGUUUUAACCUGGUUCACAGUUGUGAUGAGACUGCAAACCUCUACUUAUGUUUGGAAGAUGCAGGGAUAGCAGUGAGUUAUAUCACACCGACAGAAGUCCGCAAUUUUCUUCACACUUUCUCAUCCCCAGAUACUUCUUGUCAUGUUGGAAAGCUUCCUUGCCGCCUUCAACAAUCAAACUACAAACAUAUUCAUAAUUUGAAGCUUGUUGUUGACUACUGCUUCAAAGAUAUUGAAGUGGAUGAAACCAUAAUUGAAGGUCUACCUCUGUUACUUACAAUGGACAAUAUUCUUCAAGCCUUUGAUUCCAAGAGACAGAAAUUUCUAACAUCUCACCAUGAGCUCAUUCCGUCCAGAAAAGAGAUGUUCAUGAAUACAAUGUAUCUCAAAUACAGCAGCGUCUUGUUGAUGGUGGGGCUAGCAAAGACAUUUGACAUCAGCAGCUUUGGUGACCUUCUGGGAUCUGUUGUUCCUAGAGAGUAUCGAACAAAGAUUCCUGUUAGGUGGAGAGAAACAUUUGGAAGUGAAUCCUGGCUAAAGAGCGUGUGGAACUUCAUUAGUGAGAAUACUGCUGUCAAAGAGGAGCAACAGGAUAUCAAACCAGGUUUUGACACAGUACUUGACAUUCUGAAAGAUUGGGCGUUGGUACCUGGUAUCAAAUUCAUGGCAAGAGAAAAGCUAGUUGUUCCUGAUUAUGACAUGCUUUUACCCCUGAGUUUAAUGAGCAUAGCCAUAUUUCCACAUGGCCAAAAUGACAAAAUAUUCUACACCCUAAUGAAAGCAGGUUGCAUUCAGCUUGCUGUGAACAAAAUCUGUCUCAAAGAAAAUCCAAUCCUGCCUUUUCUGUCACAACAUACAGCAAAUAUUGAAAAGCCAUCAAGUGUUCUGAAAGCUCUUGAGUACAUGAUUCAGACGUCUACAUUCAAGGCAGGAAGCCUGACUGAUAAGGACUUUGAGGCGAUUCUCUUGUAUUUCACCUGUAACCUAGUGAGUCUCACACAACACGACACACAGAGUCUAAAACUACUCCCAUGCUUUAAAUCCAUAAGUGGAAGAUACAUCAGCAUUUCAAAUUAUGGGUCCAUUUAUGUGCUCUCGAAAAACCUCCCUACUGCAGACAUAGAGAAGUGGGCCCACACAGCCGCUUUCGCAUUUCUUGCCGAUAGCCCACAGUUGAGAGAGCUGUACACUUUCCUUGGCUGCAUGCCAAUUGAUGACAUACAAAUCUAUCUACAUCAUCUCCUGCCAAAGUUUGAAAGUCUUACCUACAAUGCCAAAGCUGAACACAUUGUCUAUUUAAAGGAUAGACUAUUGUCAAUGGAAGAGUCAUGUGAGAUGAGGGAUCAUCUGUUUGAGAAAUUGGAAGGGCUGGCAUUCAUUUAUGACUACUCAAACAGACUCAGGGCAGCCAAGUUUUUCUUUGACGAAACAGUGAAGGUGUUUGAAGUUAUGCUGCCUGCAAAGUCGUUUAUACCAAAUGAUUUCUUCAGGAAAGUUGAGCAAGUCUCAAAACCCAAGAACGGAACAUUGCCGCUCACCUCAUGGAUAACCUUCCUGAGGAAAAUUGGUUUGAAGCAUGAAGUGUCCCAGCAGCAAAUACUUCAGUUUGCAAAAGAGGUCAGCAUCAAAUCACAAACAGAGAGCUGGACCAAAGACAAAGUGCAAAACAUCAUUGACGUUCUCCUGAAUCAUAUUUUCAAAGAAAGGGUGGACUUGUUUCAAGGUACUUUUCUAAAAGAGCUCUCACUAAUUCCAUUCCUUUGUCCUGAGAGAGCCCCCAAACAAUUGCUCAAGGUUCAUUCACAAUACCAAGAGAUGAGUGGAACACUUCCUCUCAUUCGUUUCAGUGGGUCUCAAGUCAAUCCCAAAUUCAAGCAAACAGACGUAAUCCACUUACUCUGGACAGCUUGCCCAAUUUUGCCCGAAAAAGCUACCCCUUCAAGCAUAAAGGAGCAGGAGGAAAGCACACUAACUGGGCAAGAGCAACUUGAUAAUGUCCUAGCCAUAUUAGGUGUCAACUUGGACCCGCAAUUGGAAAAAGUCAUUUGUAACUGCAAGAAUGUCUGCAACAUAUCCAAUCCAGAUGAUGAAAUGGUAAAAACAAGGAACAAAGUUUUGAGGUCCACAUAUGAGUUUUUAAACGCAGAUAAAAGAGAUUUUCGGUAUCAGCUUCGUGGGGUGGCUUUUGUCAUGGUGGAGGAUGGGUGUAAGUUGCUGAAACCCGAAGAAGUUGUGAUUAAUUUGGACAAUGAAUCUGACUUUAAGCCGUACUUGUACAAAUUACCACUGGAUCUAGGCACCUUCCAUCAACUGUUUAAACUUCUAGGCACAGAGGAUGUUGUGUCAACCAAACAAUAUGUUGAGGUGCUAUGUCGGAUCUACAGAAGUUCCGAAGGCAAGCAGCUUGACCCUAAUGAAAUGAGAACGGUGAAAAGGGCUGUGUCCGGAUUGUUUAAGGCUCUUCAUAAUGAGCCUGUUGAAAUGCGAAAAGAUCUGGAAAGUAUCAGAGAUUUGAUCUUUUAUCUGCCUAGUCAUGACGGAAGAUUAGCCAAAUCCAAUACUUUGGUCUAUGAUGACGCCCCGCUCUACAAGAGUAGAAUUCAGGGUAACAUUGGCGUUCAGAUGCUUGUGGACCUGAGCCAGUGCUAUCUAGGCAAAGACCACACUUUCCAUACAAAGUUAAUCAUGCUGCUUCCUCAGAAUCUAAGGCCAAAACUACUAAGCAGCAUACUUGAAGAGCAACUGGAUGAAGAUUCCCCUAAAGUGUGCCAGUUCGGAGCUCUGUGUUCACUUCAAGGUCGCCUUCAGUUGUUGCUCUCUUCUGAGCAGUUCAUUACAGGACUGAUCCGAAUAAUGAAGCACGAGAAUGACAAUGCAUACCUUGUGAAUGAGGAAAAAGCUAUACGGCUUUGCAAAGCACUUUGCGAAGGACUGAAAGUAUCUUGCUUUCAGAAACUCCAGACAACCUUAAGAGUAAAAGGAUGUAGCUCCAUCCCACAAAGCCGCAGUGAAACCCUUGCUUUCCUCAAGAGGUAUGGCACCGCUGUCAUUCACCUCUACAUCCAGCAUUCAGACAGCAAAGACAUAAAUUUUCUCUUAGCUCUGGCCAUGACACUGAAGUCUGCUACAGACAAUUUGAUCUCGGACACGUCUUAUCUAAUUGCCAUGUUGGGCUGCAAUGACAUCUACAGAAUCACAGAGAAGCUGGACAACCUUGGUGUAAAGUAUGACUCCACAGAGCCGUCCAAACUUGAGCUACCCCUCCCUGGAACACCGAUUCCUGCUGAGAUACAUCACACACUUCUCAUGGACCCAAUGAAUGUGUUCUACCCCGGAGAAUAUGUGGGUUAUCUUGUUGACUCUGAAGGAGGAGAUAUAUAUGGGUCCUAUCAUCCCACCUACACAUAUGCAAUCAUAGUUCAAGAAGUGGAACGAGAAGGGGAGGAAAGUGCAACUUUCCUGGGAAAAUGUUUCCAGAUUGACAUUGGUUAUAGCGAGUACAAAAUAGUUAGUUCCCUUGACUUGUACAAAUUUUCAAGACAAGAUGAAAGUAGCAAUGUGCGAGAAAGCAGUACUCCCUCAACCCCUACGAGUCCAGACAGUCGCACCUCAGUCCGGCAAAUGGCCCAUCCUCUUUUUGCUAGCAGAGACAAUCAGAGACCUCCCACUCAAAAACAGUCCCCCCAAAAAAUCAAGCUUAAUGCUCUGCCAGAGAUCCUGAAAGAAGUCACCUCAGUAGUGGAGCAAGCUUGGAAACUUGCCGAAACAGAGAGAAAGAAAAUACUGCGCCGAUUGUAUCUCAAGUGGCACCCGGACAAAAAUGCGGAGAAUCUGGACAUUGCGACUGAAGUCUUUAAGCAUUUACAGAAUGAGAUCAACAGAAUGGAAAAGCAGUUUUUAGCUGACCAGCACAAUACAGACAGAGCAUCCAGGAGACCUUUCUCAACAUCCUCCGCUCGCUUCCAGUCAGAAAAAUCCUCCUUCCAAAGGUUUUAUUCGUCAUGGAACCAGGAAGCAACAAGUCACAAGUCAGAGAGGCAACAGUCCAGGGCAGAAUACACAAGCCAUGCAGGUUCUUCACACACCCACCGCUUUUUCGUGCCACCGACUUUUAAGACGGUCGGAAACCCUGUGGAGGCUCGCAGGUGGUUGAGACAAGCCCGAGCCAAUUACUCUGCGGCUCGUAACGACCUCCACAAAAACGCCAACGAGUGGGUCUGCUUUAAAUGCUACCUGGCCACAAAGCUCGCCCUCAUUGCCGCAGACUACGCAGUCCGAGGAAAGUCUGACAAGGACGUAAAGCCAACGGCCCUGGCACAAAGGGUGGAGGAGUACAACUCUCACUUGUCGGGACUCGCCAGUGAUGUUCAGAUUCUGGAAGGCUACGGCGUAGACAGUCUGAGAACUCGCUACCCUGAUCUCCUGCCCUUUCCACAGAUCCCCAAUGACAGAUUCACGUCUGAAGUAGCGAUGAGAGUGAUGGAGUGUACCGCGAGGAUUAUCAUAAAGCUUGAAAAUUUUGUACAGCAAAAAAUGUAAAAUUGUUAUUACAAUGUGCACUGAUGACCAUUGGAUGUGUGCAAUAUGGAGGUAUCUAGCUGGCAGUUUAUGGUUACCUAUGCAUUGUGAAUACAUGUACGGAUCAGGCUGCCACAAUGCACAUUUGUUGUAAAAAAAUGUGCAUUUACUGUACAUAUGAUUGCCUCAGCAAUAUGUUUUGUUUACCAAAGUUCCUGAUGUUUAGUUUUCUUAAAUGCUGCUUUUAUUUAUAUUAUUUACUAAAUUAUAUUUCAAUUUUAUUGCCACAGAAACAGGAAUGUAAAAGAUCUACUCAAACUGGGGGGAAAAACAGGUUAUCUCUAAGUAUUAAAUAUUGUUAUGCAAUGUCUGUUAUGUUUAUUUUUGUAUUAUUCAUGUUCAUUUUGUAUCAUUUAUGCAGAAAUUGUGCAUUUUAUGCAACCAUAGUCUUUUAUUGUUUAUGUAUGAAGCACCUUUUUAUAUAUUUAUGGUCUUGCACUUGUCUCAUCUUGGAACAAUUCACUGUGAAAUUAAUUGGUCUUUUUUUGUCUUUUGUUGGUUAUUUUUCAUUUUGCUGCAGCAAUGUCAAAUAGAGAAAUGUUGCAUAAAGAUUUUCUGACUAUGAAA